AUGGUGAGUUCAGCAUGCACAAAGGCGCACCUGUACCACAGCUUCCUUCAGCUCCCGGCAGAGUUGAUUUCUCUAUGUUUCAAAAACACUAUUCACGUUCUCAAUUCACCUUUUCGCCCGUUGUAUUCGUCAGUGUUUUCUAGAUUGGUGGCGGAAGGGUUUGCGGCUAGAAACGUGACCGUCAGGACCGGAGAAAACCCUUGGAAGGAGCCACCAGCGAAGGUGAUGGAGAAGGGCAUGGCCCACACGGCUGUUUUCCUCAAGGACUUGGAUGACUACGGCAGGGCAUGGUACAACCGCCUCAAGGUUGUUUUGGUUGGAUUGGGCGAGGCAGGGAAGACCAGUAUUGCUACCCGACUCGAAGGCCGACUCGGCUCUAGCUGUCCGAAACCCGAGGAGCGCACCGUAGGCGUGGAGAUACGGGACAUAAAGCUAGGGCCUGGCCCAACCAACGAAGGAAUCGGGCCGAAUGACGAGCUAGACGUCAGCCUCUGGGACUUUGCUGGGCAGAGAGCAUACUACGACACGCACCAGAUGUUCCUCACACCAGGCGCUCUCUUCGUUCUGGUUGUGGAUAUGUUCACAUAUGAGGUGGGGCAGUCAAAGGAGGAUGCGCUCGAGCAGUGGCUUGAGAUUCUGCAGGCCAGAGUCCCGGGUUCCAUUAUGCUGCUCGUGGGAACGCACACCGACUUGUUUAAAGCGAAUGCGGCCGAGUGCACCAGGCGAACGGAUAGCUUCAAGGAAGGUCGGUCAUAUUGUUCUACGUCGUCCAACAACUCCUAUCUUUCUCCGUGGCCAACAGAUGUGGACGACAUCAUGACGCGAAUGCGCUACGAAUGUGACUCAGCCAAGGACCGUGCGGAAGCAGAACUGGGAGAGGGACACACCACGGACUUGAAGGGGAACCCCCGCUACCAACCCCUCCGCGUUGUGCUGGAAGAAGACUUGCUUGCCCUGAACCUUGCUUCCUCGGACUGGCAAGAUAUUGAUCUGCUUCAGCACCGUUUAGAGUACCUUGCCUACAACGGGGGUGCCGAUUUGCGUGGUUCCGGCAGUACACGAGAAGCGGUGGCGCAAAGGCUUCGGGAGGGGAACCCCAAGAAACGUCGAAGCUUCGUCAGAUUCUCGGAGGCCGUAUCGCUUUUUGCCGCGCAGCAAGAGGGAUCCAUGUUGUCUUGGUUGUCGAACUCAUUUCUCCGGGAUAAUGAACCACGGCGCAUAUUUCUCGCCGCUGUCAAGUCACACGAAGCUCACGGCGCGAUUCAUCUGACUGGGGUUGACGGGGGUGGAGGUUCUCAAGAGCAACAUAACACGGGCAUUGGUGCUGCGGCUUCAGCAGCGGACCUCAUCAUCCACGUGAACCCGUCCCGGUUUGCUGAUCUGGUCCGCCGCGUGGUCGACGUUCGGUUGGUAGCCCCGCGGCAGCAGGCUAAGGUGGAAGAAGCGAUGGAGGCAUGCCCGUUAGUACGGUCAUCGCUAUUGACACUGACAGAUCAGCACAAGAGGUUUAUCAAGACGGGAGAGGUGAGCAAAGACUACCUCAAGUUUCUGUGGCUUCGAGACAUGGACUUGCGCGAGGCAAGCCAAGAGGCACCGCCUCUGGAGAUGAGCGAAGCAGACGUCGAGGUGAUGGUGAGUAGCUUGCUUGACGUCCGAUUCAUGUAUCGAGUACGUGAUGGUCAGCACGCGUUCGUGCCGGAUCGUUACGUUGUCGCAAGCUGUCUGCCGAACAAAGCUGGUCCGGAUGUGGAUCCAGGAAAGAUUUUAGAACUGAAGACGGGAAAUGCGAUAUAUUCGCAGAAGCUGAAGCUUGUUAGGGUACAUGCUGUGCCCCCGGGGCUGGUGCCUCGGUUGCUGUCGUGCCACUUGGUGUUGCUGUACGAGGUUCGGGCUACUGAUGGAACAUCGUGGAUUGAAUGCCACGCAAGGGGAAACGUGUUCGACGAGAGUGCGAGGACGGCUCUGAAAGACAUCGGCGACCAGGUUGACGAGCUGAUCAGCGAUCACAAGAACAGGUUCCCCGGCCUUGGCCUUGUCCGUAGUGGAGAGUCCGAGGAGACAGUUGUCUAUUCGGACAGUGACCACAAGGCUUUGUUGGAGCGUAUCGUGGACGUACAGAGGGACCAGAUGAACGUCAAGCUCAUGAUGGAUAGAAGCAUGAGGCAGGAUGUGGCCUUCCUGCGGUGGCCGAUCCCCCGCCUGGUGUGCGUGCUCCCCGCCCCCGAGAGCGGGGCGAAGCCCCUUGAGGAGGGAGAUAGGUCAUUCGAGCAGUGGUCCGCCACCCUGCGGAACUGGUGCCUCGGAGGGAAGAGGACGGGCAAGGGGUUUGCCACGCGAAAGCUGCGGAUGUUCUUCCUCUGCCCGUACGACAGGAGCAUCGCCGAGUGCGGCCCCGGAGGGCAAGGCUACGAGGUGACAGAAUUGGUGGAAUGGGCAAAGAAAGCGAUGCCGUCUGCGAAGGUAGGUCUGGCUCUCGCCUCAAUCGCGCUCAGGGUGUGCAUUGGCCUUGCAAUUCCUGAGGUGGACUUCAAGGCAACCCUUGGGACAAAAGCCGGCGGUGCCUUGUCCACGUUCGCCGAGGAAUCACUGCACUCGGGCGUCGAGUCUGUGGCGAGCAUCGCCGGGGAUAGACUGGACGGCGGCAGGGCCGAGGGGCUGCCCCAUGGGGCCGGAGGGCAUGGGGCACAACAGGAAUGGCCUUCCCCUAUGCAAGGGAUCACCUACGAAACACUCAAGGAGGUUAUCAAGAGUUUCGAGGUGGAUGGAAUGCGGCACAGGUCUCCCUUCCCGAGCUUCGACGUCAAGAUGCGUCUCGUGGACAGGGGUGGGCGAGGAGCAGAGUGGGCGUGGGUAAGGACCAAGAACAUUGACCAGUUCGUGGGUGCGUGA